UCGCCCUCCCCUCUCCGCCAUUGCACUUCGUCGCCCUCCCUCUCGCUGCCUCCAUGCCAGCUAAAACCCACGAACCCAAGCAUCCGCCACAAAACCCACCAAUCCUCUUUCCACUGCAAAAUCCCCACCACCGUUGCUCCAAGCAUCCCGUCACAAAAUCACAAUCCUCCCAAUCGUCCGGGUCCGAGCACAAUUACAUUGACAAGGAGGAGCUUCUCUGGCUCCACGAAGAGCAGCAGUGGCUGCGCAAGGAGCAGCUGUGGCUCGAGGAAGAACAGAGGUGGCUUCGCGAGGGGAGCCCUAUUGAGCGAAAUUCAGUCGCUGAAGUUCCAAAUCCCGGUGUAAGAGAAGAGGAUAUAUGUUGCUGGGGUCGAUGCGGUGCUUGCGAAUAUUGAUGCGCUCACUUCUUUUCUUAAUCGAAUCACUGAAAACUCUCAGAUCUAGAAACUAACCGUCGGAAUUUGGUGAUUUUUUUGGUUCUUCAGGUUCCGGAACUCAACGGGAACGCCGACGGAGACAAUUGGGGAAUUGGGGAACUAGGGAGCCGGGACAGAGGAGGGGAAUUGUUAAAUUUUUAUCAUAAAUAAUAUUUUGUAAC